GCGCGGAACUGCAGCCAUGGAGCAGGCACCUCCGGACCCCGAGCGGCAGCUGCAGCCUGCGCCCCUCGAGCCGCUAGGCAGCUCCGACCCUGGGCUGGAGGCUGCGGUCGGGGAGGGCGCGGACGGGGCCCAGGAAGAGGGCUCCGGGGCCGACACGAUGACAGAAAAUAAUUUUUUGUUGAAGAAGAUAGAAAUCAGUGUUUCAGAAGCGGAAAAACGAACUGGAAGAGCUGCCAUGAACAUGCAGGAAACAUACACUGCUUACCUCAUUGAAACAAGGUCAGUUGAACAUGCCGAUGGCCAGAGUGUCCUAACAGACGCGCUGUGGAGGCGGUACAGUGAGUUUGAGCUGUUGAGAAACUACCUUCUAGUUUACUAUCCACACGUUGUCGUGCCGCCGCUGCCAGAAAAGCGGGCAGAAUUUGUGUGGCACAAACUCUCUGCUGACAACAUGGAUCCAGACUUUGUGGAGAGACGACGGAUUGGCUUAGAAAAUUUUCUCUUGAGAGUUGCUUCCCAUCCAGUCCUUUGUAGAGACAAAAUCUUCUAUUUGUUUCUAACACAGGAAGGUAACUGGAAGGAGACUGUGAAUGAAACUGGGUUCCAGCUGAAGGCAGACUCCAGGUUAAAAGCGCUUAAUGCAACAUUCAGAGUGAAAAACCCAGACAAGCGAUUUACUGAACUAAAACACUACAGUGAUGAACUGCAGUCUGUCAUCUCACAUCUUCUUCGAGUCAGAGCUAGAGUAGCAGAUCGACUCUAUGGUGUAUAUAAAGUGCAUGGGAAUUAUGGGCGAGUUUUCAGUGAGUGGAGUGCCAUAGAAAAAGAAAUGGGUGAUGGACUGCAGAGUGCUGGUCAUCAUAUGGACGUGUAUGCUGCCUCCAUUGAUGACAUUCUGGAAGAUGAGGAACACUAUGCGGAUCAGUUAAAGGAAUAUCUUUUUUAUGCAGAAGCACUGCGGGCCGUAUGCAGGAAGCAUGAGCUUAUGCAGUAUGAUUUGGAGAUGGCUGCUCAGGACUUAGCUUCCAAGAAGCAGCAGUGUGAGGAACUGGCAACAGGGACUGUGAGAACAUUCUCUUUGAAAGGAAUGACUACCAAGCUGUUUGGACAAGAAACUCCAGAGCAGAGAGAAGCCAGGAUAAAGGUGCUAGAAGAACAAAUAAAGGAAGGAGAACAGCAGCUGAAGUCUAAAAAUUUGGAAGGCAGGGAAUUUGUGAAAAAUGCAUGGGCUGAUAUUGAACGCUUCAAGGAGCAAAAGAACCGUGAUUUGAAGGAAGCCCUCAUAAGCUACGCAGUCAUGCAGAUCAGUAUGUGCAAAAAGGGAAUUCAAGUUUGGACCAAUGCUAAGGAAUGCUUUAGCAAGAUGUAAUCCUGUGAAAUGAAUUUCUCUUCAAUCAAAAAAGUGCCCCAAAACAGAAGCACAAGUAAAGAAAAGAAAUUUAAGUUUCUACCCAGUAUACAUAAAAAUAUACAAUAAGUUGAAUAAAUUCAGCUCUCUUUAACCUAAUUAUAAUUGUGUUUGUAUAGCACAAAAAGGAUGUAUUUUAAUGAAGAUUAUAUAUUAUAAUUUGAGUUUUGGGGACUGGUGCUGAUUCCAAAAAUUUAACUUAAUAAUAUAUACCAAUAGAUUUUUUUCGUCAGGCUUCUGAACCAAUGACUGAAUGUCAACAUGUUAAUUAAUUUCUAGAAGCUUAUUUCAAUACCAACUGUUUUAGGUCUGAUCAUGUAGAGUGUUUUUUUCCUGAGAUUGAAUUCCUAUAUUUACUUGGUAAGACCUACUAAUCUGUUGUAGGGGGUUAUUUCUCUUGCCUUAUAGUUGAGCUGUUUGGUUCGACAAAGCUCAGCAGUAAAAAGUUAAGUGUGUAAUCUGAGGUUUUCUUCCACAUUCAUUGAUGCCCCCUGCAAGAUCUGCAUACACUAGAAAAUGCCUUCAGUUUGUGUUUGCCAGAAUUUUGAUACUGGCCAGAAAUUUUAUACUGCCGACAAUGACGACUCAGCUUCUCAGACAUACAGAGAAAUACAUGGUUAGGAUCUAGGACUUGCUAUGCAGAACGCUGUAGUUGAGUGUGUUCCAUGUUAAGAAUUCAGUUCCCCGCUAAUUCCUAACCUCAGUGAGGAGCCUCCCUCUGCUCUGCUUGGCUCUGCACACGGCAUUUCAGGGUACGAGAAGUGGCAUUUCUGUGUGAGAUACAUGUAGUAGACACACAUGCUGGUGUCUUCAUUAUUAACAUCCUUUUCUAUUGCUUGGCUGUAAUUUUUGAAAAAGAUACAUUACAAUGUUUUUUUAUGUGUGUUUUUGUGGUGUAUGUUCAGAAGCCAAGCACCUUCAUUUUCCUAGCUUUGCAGAAUCUGAACUGUGUACUCAUUAUUUCUAAUGUUGGGGGAAAAAAUCCCCAGUAUUGUUCAACAUUUGACUUUUUUUACGUUUAAAUGUUGCUGGAUUUUUGUGCUGUUUGCCAAACUUAUACAAUAAAUAAAUGAUGUAUCAUGAUGAUUUUCAAA